CUAUCCUUGUCUUCUAGUCGCUCUUUAGCUUUUCCUCCUUUCAAGUUGCUGCUUAUCUCUCCAGCAGCCAAUUCCUGUCCCAUUCUCCCAAACAAAUGCGACCAAUCCUAACUCUCUAAGCUCGAUAAAAAACCGCGAUCUGUCGUCAUGGGCAUCAGACUCCCCGACCCCCUACCCACAGCCGAGUCCAAGGCCCAAAACCAGGCCGAAGGUGCACCCGAUGAUGCUCAGAUCAAAGCCGAAAUAGAACGCCACCAGGCUUCACUUCAGGAUGAAAUCGACCGUGAGAUGGUCUCAGAAGAUUUCAGUCCACAGCGCAGACGGGUUGAGGAUUUGGCCAGAUCACUCUUCCGCCCGAUGACCGAUGUGCUCGAAGAGACUCGACGCAGCUGGAACAGACGCCAUCAUGACUCUGGAAAUAAUGGAGAAGAUACUACAGGGCCUGAAAGGAACAAUGCGAGGAGACGCUUGGCAAUGGAACGCUUCAUUUCCCCAUAUGCUUCGACGGAAUGGAGAUCUCCUAACUACACGCAGUCCAAUUCCGCGCAGCCUCAACCUCCGACUAGGGAUGAGUAUCGUGCGUGCUUUCUCUGGCAUGGGGACGUACGCCACUGUAUUCAUUGCCGGAAUACUUCGCCUUUUCUCCGCAGUGAUCCUCCUGCUACCGAGACUCACGAGAAUAAUCUCCGAGCCCAGAGAGCUCGACAGCGGGCAAGGCUCAUGCGCGCUAGUGUGUUUAAUGGAUCCAGUGGGGCUGCGAGUGAACGUCCAGAAGCCAGUGAGAGGGAUUUGCCUGAUGAACAGAUUUGAGAUGCAUAGUACUUGUUGAGCUCGAAGCUGGAAACCGAGAAAUCAUCCGUCAUGAUACCUUGGCAUAUCGAUGUCUUUGGGAUAGAUGAAAGGCAGGAGGAUUGUGCAAGUGAUAUGAAUUCCUUGUAAUACAGACUGAUACUUAAUCAUGCAAUGUAAGGC